AGCUGUUUUUUCCUCCUUUUUGAGCGAGUUCAUGUUUGGUUGCAGGUUUGUGAAUAUCAGGCAGGUCCGUGUCACUGAUGUCAUCAUGACGGAUGCACAGAGAAGCACAAGGAGCUCCAGAGGUUUGAAGAAUGAAAAUGGCUAUGAAAUCUCCAUCCCCUUUGAGGACAGCAACCUGGAUGAUUCUGGUUUCUAUAGUCCAAAUGACCACCCGUUUGAUGAGUCUGCAACGGGUUCAAUUCCUCCUUGCAGUCCAUACCUUCUAAUCACCAGCCUCCGAGCUCAACUGCACAUUUCACUGGAGAAGAACUCCUGGCUCCAGAAACGCAUUGAAGAUCUGGAGGAGGAGAGGGACUUCCUGCGCUGCCAACUUGACCGAUUUAUUUUCAGCACCAAGAGUCGGGAGUGCAAUGGCACUUUGGAAAAAGAAACUGAAGCAGAGCAUAUGCAGCAAGCCACGGGUCAGAAGCAGCCUAUCAAGCUUUCCAGAAGGAAAACAUCCACUCCUUCAUCACCCAUGAUGACACGCUCUGGAAAAAUCCCUGUUCGCAGCCAAAAGCGAAGCAGAAAAAACAGUCAGGAAGAAGAAGAAGAGGAGGUGAUUGAGGAGGAAGAGUAUAUAGCGGAGGAAGACUAUGUGGAAGAGGAACAGCUCAUUACAGAUGACGACGGUAACAUUUCAGAGGAUAAAACGUCACGUAAAAGUUGUACAGGCAGGCUGAGUGGCCAAAUGAGGGUGAAACGACGACGCGUCUUCCGUUUCGCACGAAGCAUGGAAAGACAAAGGGUAAAAGACCCUGCAGGUGUUCUUCUUCGCUACAAUAAGAUCCUCGUGACCUAUCAGAAGCUGAAGAGCAUGUCAAGAGCCUUUCAGGUCCACGGGGUUGACAGAAACACCGUCGCCUCCACUACUCCCAUUGCUGAAAUGCUCUUAGUUGCUCCUGAGAAGAUGGCUGAGGUCGGGGAGUUUGAUUCCUCCAAGGAGAAACUUCUGGAUUAUGCCAGGCGCUGCUAUAAAGCUCUUGAUGAGGAAGCUCAUGCAAAGGUGCAGACCCUGAAGAAGAAUAACCUCUUGCUGCCCAUUUCCUACAGGUUCAGGCACUGAAUUUCCAAAAAAUGUGUUGAAGUUUAAACACUGAACUUUCAUGGGCUCCUUUUUUUCUACCUCAGUUAUAAAUGACGCAUUAGGAGUGAAGUCCCAACUACAGUUAUUUAUGCUAAUUCUUCCCCAAAGUGGAAAAGAAAUGUAAGAUAGUUUGUCAGCCACUGUAUUUGAGGGGUUACCUUUUCUUGUUUUGUGUAUAUGCUUAAGUUUCUUGUUGUAAACUUUGGACAAUUUACUUUUUGUCCAGGUAAGGUAACACUUCGGUUUUGUAUACUGACCACACUU